AUGGCGGCCGAACGAGGAAGAGACUUGAUCGAGUUGUACGGGUCGUAUCCCGUCGCAAAGACGUUCGCAGUCACAGACAACGUUCCCGACCUCGCAGAAACAGAGAUGCCUACCUACAGCGCGGCCUUCGACGCGGAUCCAACAACGAAGAGGCAUGCGGCUUGUGACGAAUGCAGAAAACGCAAGCUGAAGUGUUCGGGCGAGCCUUCGGGUUGUUCAAGGUGCCUCAAACAGACCCUAACCUGCCACUAUUCCUUACAAUCGAAGAUGGGCCGACCCCGGAAAAGGCAGAAGGUUGAGGGCGGUCUCGAAGACGACGCGCCGCCUGCAGAAACACAAGAACAACAGCCUCUAUUGGGUGGCCAACCUGGCGUGGAACCACGGAAAGACCGUCGAUGCCAGAAGGCCAUUGCGAGGACCGAAUUUGAGAAUGUGUGCACCGCGCCUAUAUCCCAGUCGAUUCGCCGCUCGGCGGCGGCUAGCAAUUUGACGAAUUCAACGUCUCAAGGCUCCAAUAACACAUCGCCCCGUACUCCCCCUGAUGAGGCUAUCCUCCCGAACGGCUCGUAUCCUACCGACGUGUCCCUCUGGCCCGACUUCUCCGACAUGACCAUGCUUCCCAUGUUGGUGCAAGACAGUCAUGAACAGGACAAGGCCCUUUCAUCCUUCAACACGUCAGCCGCGCCGAUGGGUGCGUACCUGGCUGCCCAUGACCAUUCUCUAGCUCCCAACCAGGCCCAUUUAUCACAGUUGCCCGCGGUGCCGGACUGCCCCUGCUUGCCGAAUUUAUAUUUGACUCUAUCGACCUUGUCCACACUCUCCGCUUUCCCGGUCUCGUCUGGCACGGUCGACACUCUCCUCAACUCUCACCGCACCGGCCGCAGCGUGAUAUACUGUGCCGUCUGCCCACAAAAGUUCCAAAGCGGCUCGCAGAAUGUUAUGCUCAGCAGCAUGCUCAUCACCGUCCUCGCAGAUCACUGGCUACGUGUAAAGAAGAGCAGCGUAGCCGAACUGCGGAAAGGCUUCAGCGACGGUGACAACGACGGGGACACCGACGUUACCAUGACAUCCCGGGAAGACUUGGAAUGGCGUACGUUCGGCUAUCGAUUGAUCCGCGCUUGCGUCUUUGGCGACGCAGCCGCUCCGAUCCCUCCUGGUUCCAACAGGCCCGUCGUCCCCGCGUCGCCGUACACGCUCUCGGACAUGUGUAGCGCUCUUGAACGGCGACAGAAGCAGUGGCACGCAGUCGAGCCUUGGACGGGCGAAUUCGCGCAGAAGCUGUCGGACGACGUGUCAGGAGGCAACGCCAUCGGUAUGACCUUGGAGGAACUGAAGGAAUGCGAGGAGCAAUCCUUAGCCAGUGGAGACGAUGGGAUGCUGUGCCUGAGGAUUGUCAAGCACGCGAGGAUGAUCAUGCGGAGUCUCGACGGACCUCCACCGAGAUUAGGUGACUAG